AAUUCGGUCCGAAUUUCAGAAUAGACUUGUUCGUUUCGUCUCUACUUCAUUUUUCUUGUCCCCCAAAAAUGCUAUCCUUGGGUGUAAUAAUUCUGUGCUAAAGAGAAGAAAAAAAGGGAGUAGUUUUAUGUGUUGAUCAAUAAAAAUUUAUACAAGAAAAAGUUUGAAUCUUUGAAUCUCCCUUUAAAGUGAAGAUUUGAAAAACUUAAAGAAAAAAUCAUUCCUUAAUAUGAUGAGAAUGAUAGUGUACUGUGUUGUGUAAUCGUUAUCAACUGAAGGAUUAAAGAGCAUAGCUUUGAUCCUUUUUUAAAGUUUAAUUAAACAAAAAAAAAAAAAACGGAUAAUUGAAGAAGAAAAAUCUUCAUUGAUUUCAACCCAAAGUCCCAUUUUCAAGGCCCAAAAAUGGUUCUAAAUUUUCUCGAGGGUCGAUUGGGUUCCACACCCGACAAAGGUGUGACGGACAUGACGACCAUAUCGGAUAUCGAUGAAAAUGGCAUAAAUCAAAAUCUCAAAGUUCGAUACCAAAGAGAUCAAAUAUACACAUAUACAGGAUCGAUUUUAGUAGCAGUCAAUCCAUAUAAGGACUUGGAUGUCUUCACAACGGAGUACGUAUUCAAGUAUCACGGCCAGAAGUUGGGAAUACUGCAGCCUCAUGUGUUUGCCCUUGCCGAAGCUGCUUAUAAGAACAUUAAGGACACAAAUAAAAAUCAGUCUUGUGUUAUAUCCGGUGAAUCAGGUGCCGGCAAAACGGAAACGACCAAAUUUAUUCUACAGUAUUUGUGCACAGUGACGUGCGACGUCUCCACAUGGGUGCAGCAACAAAUCCUCGAAGCCAAUACAAUACUCGAAGCAUUUGGCAACGCAAAAACCAUCCGCAAUGACAACAGUUCCAGAUUUGGUAAAUUCAUGCAAGUGUGCUUCGAUUCAAAAUGGUGCAUUCGAGGGUGCAUUAUCCAGGAUUACCUACUCGAACAAUCCCGCAUAACAUUUCAAAGUCCUGGCGAAAGGAACUACCAUGUGCUGUAUCAGCUUGUGGCAGAGGGCCAAAAUAACAAAGAAAUGGCCAAUUCAUUUCACCUCAAAGAACCUUCAUUUUAUCGAUAUUUAAAUGGUUCGGGUAAUGUCCAAAUGGAUAUACCAACGGAGGCGAAAAAAUUCGAAGCUCUACGGAUGGCAUUUACUGUUUUGCAAAUACCACAACCAACAAUUGAUGGAAUUAUUAGGGUGUUGAGUGCAAUUUUAUGGUUGGGCAAUUUGGAUUUUCAAGAUAUCGAUGGGGAACGUUGUGAGUUGGCUGUGAGUGAUAAGGAGAUUGUGGCAACAGUUGCAGAUUUGUUGGGCUUGAAGGCCGAUGAUGUGCAGCAAGUUUGUUUGAAGAGACAAAUCAAUGUGAGGGGAAAUAUUACAAAAAUUCCAUUGAAAUUUCAAGAGGCACGAGAAAAUCGUCAUGCUAUGGCAAAAGCACUUUACUCGCGAACUUUUGCAUGGCUUAUCAGUCAAAUAAACAUCUGCAUCAAUCCCGGUCAGGAUUCUACUCGAUUCCUUGGAGUCCUUGAUAUAUUUGGAUUUGAAAACUUUGCAGUGAAUUCUUUUGAACAACUCUGCAUCAACUAUACCAACGAAAAACUCCACAAGUUCUUCAACCAUUAUGUGUUCGCUCUCGAGCAGGAAAUUUAUAAACAAGAAGAAAUCAAAUAUUCACACAUCGAAUUCACUGAUAAUACGUUGUGUCUUGAACUGAUCGAAAAACCACCACGAUGCAUACUCAAACUCCUUACCGAGCAGUGUCACAUGCCCAAGGGAUCCGAUUUGGCUUACCUUACAAAUUUACACGGUGAAUUCGAAUCGAAUGCAAACUAUGUUAAAGGUACAGAUCGACGGCAUUGGGAAACCGAAUUCGGUAUAAAACACUAUGCCGGUUGUGUGUUGUAUACGGUGAAGGGAUUUGUCGAUAAGAAUCGGGACGUGCAACAGGAUGUUUUAUUUGAUUUUAUGAGCCGCAGUGAAAAUGUCUUCGUGCAGGAAUUGUCUUCCUAUCAGGAUCUUCUUUCAAUACAAUCACAAAAUCAAAUAUCCUCAGCAACUGUACAAAGGGGCACCUCUAAGGGCAAAUUAACUGUAAGCGAUACAUUUAGAGUGCAAUUACAAUCGCUGGUAGAUGUACUUCAAAGUACAAAUCCAUGGUAUGUACGAUGUAUUAAACCGAACUCAGAAAAAGUACCAAACGAUUAUAACGAUCGACUAGUCUUAGAUCAACUUAGAUACUUAGGUAUGUUAGAUAUAAUUCGGAUUAGACGUGAAGGUUUCCCCAUACAUCUGACAUUCGAGGAAUUCGUAACGAAAUAUCGAUGUUUGACAAAGCAAAAGCAACGUCUGCCAACAGCACGUGAUCAAGUAUUGGCUGUGAUAAAGGAAUUGAAUGUGCCAUCGGUUGAGUGGCAAGUCGGUAAGACUAAGGUCUUUCUGCGUAGUCGUGCCCAUGAACCGUUGGAAGAUGUACGAAUGCAAAUUAUUAAUAAGAAUGCGCUGAUAAUACAGCGAUCAUGGAAAAGGUAUUUGGCAUUGAAAAAGUAUCAAAAGAUGAGAAAUGCUGCUUUGAGGAUACAACACGCUUAUAGGGGAUGUAAGUUGCGUAUUGAAUUCUUAAGGAAGAGAAGAGCAGCCAUUGUUAUUCAGGCACAUUUGCGAGGAGUUUUUGCAAGAGAGGUUGCCACUGCACUGCGUGAAAUGCGUCGUGUAGACGAAGAAAUGCGUAAACGUGAACGCAUCGAAGCCGAACGCAAAAAACGUGAAGAUCAAGCUCGUGCCGAUAAGACAUCUGAAGAAGAUCGCAAAGCAAUUGAAGAAUGUGAAAGCAUGCACAGUAUUGGAAGCGCUGACGAGGAUGGUGGAGGAAUGGUUCAAGAAGAGAUGAUUGCUUUAUCUGCCAUGGCCGAACAAAUAAACUCAAAAUUAAAUCAACCUUUACCGCCUCCAUUGCCACCAUUCGAUGGAAACACCAAGGAGACACUUACAAAUGGUCAUGCCACACCAUCGGUUGGGGAAACCCAUCAACAGAGCAAUGAUUCUGUCGAUUUGGACAAUUUGUUUGCUUUCCUCAAUACUUCAGCAAAUCCUCUGCUCGAAGAAAUCAGCGAUAAAAUGGAUGGAGUAAUUCAUGAUUUAGAUGUCGAGUUGGAAACUGUUCUCCAACAAGAAAUGGAAGGUCUGGCUAUGGAACGUCCAGCCAAAACACCACCCAACAAGGGAGUCCCAACUCUACCAGAGCCCACAAUGCCUCCACCACCACCACCAACAGCUAUAAACGGCACAGCCCAUCCUCAUACCCAUUCCCAUCCUCCACAUCCUGUACAACCUGUCCAAACUCCAAUCAAAACAGCCAAACCAAAAGACCCAGAACCAAUCUACGAGGCUGUCAUUCCCAAAGAACUACCUCCUCUGCCAGAGGUGAAUGAAGCUCCACCACCACCUCCCCCAGUUGUCCACCAGGAACACGCCAACAUGAACGGAAAUCUCAACACGAAUUCCCAACCCCAACCACCACCACACAAAUUGCGACCCAAAAGUCCUGCAAUCACAAAUAUGGUUCGCUCUGCCAGUCCGUCAUUACAACGAACACCCAGUGGACCGAUUAGUCCCUCAUCACCGAAACACAGUCGACCCAGUUCAAGAACCUCCUCGACCGGUGGUGGACAUCAAUUUGCUGAACGCGAACAGCGACGCAAACAUCGUGUCGAAAAGAAACUCCAAGAAAUGCAACAAAUCGAUGUUUCAGAGAAAGCCAAGGAUCCACUUCGUGAUGAUUUGUACUAUGAUAUUCUUGAAUUUGCUGAGAACUACUUCAAUAUUCAUGAAAGAACUCCCGAAGGGACAAUUAUGGCUACUUUGACUAGAAAGGGUAAAAAGACUUCAGAUUUGGUUCCAAAGUAUGAAAUGGUUACUUAUCAUCGAGGUGAUAAGAUUCCAUCUUCCCAUAUUCAUAUGUAUGAUCCAGAGAAUAUUGUUGUGGCGUGUAAUAUAUUCAGAGAACUUGGAAAGUAUAUCCGUGGGGAGUUGAAUGCUGAAAGGGAAUUGCAAGUAAUUCAAUACAUUAUUGGCCAAGGCAUUGAAAGGGAAGAACUUCGAGAUGAAAUCUUUGUUCAAUGCAUGAGGCAAUCCACGAAUAAUCCACAUUCGGAAUGGACAGAUCGGGUUUGGUUGCUUCUUUGUUUGACCAUAGUUGCUUUCCAACCUAGUAAGCUACUCUUUAGGUAUUUUGUGAGUUUUCUCAAAAAGAAUCUAGAAACCCUCGAUGGGAAGCUGCGACAGUACACCCAAUGGUGCUUCGAUAAUUGCAAAUGCACCAAAGUCUCACCUCGACUACAUCCACCAUCCAGUGUUGAAGUAGCUGCCAUGAGACGUCUUGGAACAAUUGUUUGUCGAUUCUUCUUCUUAGAUGGUCGAACUAAAGCCAUCGAUGUUCACCCAACUGACAGUGCCAGUGAUGCUGUUGCAAAGCUUGCUGAUAAACUUAAUCUUUGCAACACCGAUGGUUGGGCAAUCUAUCAAUCUCGUCCUGAUGGAGAGGAGCACGUCAAAUCUCAUGACUAUUUGUACGAUAUAAUAGCUGCAUGGGAAAUAAAACAAACAAAGGCUUCGUCAGGAAGUUCAACAAUGCGCCGAAAUGCAGCCACUUCUGGUUCGGGAGAAAAUCGUUUUGUUUUUAAGAAACGUUUGUUCAAAACUACAAGAGAACUCUCACAAGAUCCGGUGGAGGUUAAUAUGCUCUAUGCUCAAGCUGUUUAUAGUGUUGUGAAAUGUGAUGACUUUCCAGUUAGUGAGAAAGUUGCUCUUCAACUGGCCGGCCUGCAGGCUCAGGUAGCCCUUGGAGAUCCAUCAAAUCAACCCAAACCCGAAUAUUACACAGAUGUUGGCAACUAUCUGCCAGAACGUAUAUCCAAAACACGUGAGGAGCAAUUUUGGGUACCAAUAUUAGCUCAAGCCCACCGGCAAUAUGGUGCGGCACGCACCGAACUCACUGCCAAAGUUUUAUAUUUAAGCUGUGUUAUGCAGUAUCCACUAUAUGGCACCACAAUGUUCCAGGUGACAUAUCGUGGCUACUGGAGCUAUGGCAAUAGUCUGAUUUUGGGUGUUAACUGUGAAGGUAUCAUGCUGAUUCAAUCCGAGGACAAAUUUGUUCUCUAUGAUUUCCGAUAUUUUGACAUUGAAUCGAUAAUGCUAGAUCCUAGUGAUAGUUUCAUUACGAUCAAUUUGAAUCGAACCAUUCAACACCAAACAUCAACUACGCCAACUAGUCCAACGGCAGAACAACAGAGGUGCUUUGUAUUUGAGACCUCGCAGAAGAAUGAAAUUGGAUCGCUGAUUGUAUCGUAUUAUCCACCGUUGUCUAAUUGGAUAACGGAGAAUGAGGUUCCGGCAAAGAAAUCCAAGGGUAUUACAAAUGAAGAUCGUGUUAGGUUGUAUCAGAAUGUGGUUAUAUGUCGACGGCAAUUGAUUGAUGCUGAGGUUAUGAGGAAGCCUCAGGAUACAAGUGGAGGUUUCUUGAGGAAUACUCUGAGGCGGUUGUCAAAGCAUAGGUUGGAAAAAUUACGUGCUGAGCAUGGCAAUGCUGUGCAAGAUCAUGGAGAAACUUAUAAAGGAUUUCCACAUGCAUUUUGGGCAUUUAGUCGACAACCGUUGCCGCAGAGUUUGAGUAAGCUAGCUGAUGCUGAGGAGAAUGCAAUGUUGCAAAUCUUUCAAGCUAUUCUUACAUAUGCUGGUUUGGGAACAAGUGGUGAAGCUGUUCAAAGAGCUGAAGAUGAACAUAUAACACUUAUUCAGUCGAUAAUGGAUCGCUGUAUGCGAAAGGAGUCCUUGCUAAAUGAACUGUACCUUCAGCUAGUCAAACAAACAACCGAUCAUCCAGAUCCUAAUUCAAGAGUUAAUCUCAGACAUUGGGCUUUGCUAUCGUUGGCUUGUAGUGUAAUUUUACCACCAAUGAAGGUGCUUCGAAAAUACCUUAUUGGACAUUUGAAGAGAUGUGCCAGUGAUUCAAUUACAGAAGAAGGCAAAUAUGCUCGAUUUGCUGAAAGGUGCUUUUUCAAAACUCAAGGAACUCGACGCCGCCAAUGGCCACCAAGUCGUGAAGAAAUUGUUUGCACAAUCAAUCGUCGUCCAAUUUAUGCCCGUUUCCAUUUUAUGGAUGGUCAAUAUCAUUCAGUUGAAUUCCAUCCAAGUUCAACAGCAAAUGAAGUUAUGGAAUUGGUUAAAAAGAAAAUCGGUUUACAAGAAAAUGCUAUGGGUUAUGCUAUAUAUGAAGUUUUAGGAAGUUCAGAGCGAAGUCUUUUACCAGAAGAAAAAGUAUCCGAUGUCAUGUCCAAAUGGGAAAAAUAUAGAAAUGCUGCUGCUCAAGCUGCUCAACAGCAGUCUAGUCCGUCAGCACCUCCAUGCCGUCGUCAACAUCAUAUAUUCUUAUUCAAAAAACAUCUAUUCUUCGAUCACUACAUGAAUUUGGAUGAUCCUGUUGAAAAGGAACUCCUCUAUCAUCAAGUGUUGCAUGGAUUGCGUAGUGAAAGAUUCCCCAUUACUGAAAUGGAAGCUAUAAUGCUGACUGCCUUGCAAGGUCAACUUGAGCUGGGCGAUUGUACAGAAAUCCUUCAUGAUUAUCGUAUCAUUGCUAGUCACUGUCUACCGCCCAGAUUCGUUCCGAAUAUACCUCACGAAGCAGUGGCUAUGCAUCAUCAAAGUUUACGUGGCAUGCUUCCAGCUGAAGCCAAAAAGUCCUUCCUUAAUCUCAUCCAAAGUUGGCCGCUACAUAAGGCAACCAUAUUCGAUGUUAUGCAAUCGUUCACAUCGAAUUGGCCCCGAGUUCUAUGGCUGGCUGUAGAUCAAAAUGGUAUUCAUUUGCUGGAGCAUCGUUCAAGGAACACACUCUGUACAUACGAAUACGCCUCGAUUCUGUCAUACUCGCCAAAUCUCAACUGUUUGAUGAUAAUAACCGGCACUGAUAAAAAACAAUCCAAGGUUAUCCUAACAACUUCACAGGCCUUCCAAAUUGCAAAUCUCAUCCGAGAAUAUUCUCAAGUUAUUCAAUCAAAAGCUGAAACAGCAAACAAAGGUGAUUUACCACCGCCACCGGUACCAGAGCAUGCAGCUCCAUUAAAAACUGCCAACACAAACAUCAUCAAUACAACUCCAACGACGACACCAUUCGUUGUGGCAGAACACCGAAAGAGUACCUCACGCCCACCAUCGAUGAUCAAAACUCCAAAUGCGGCUCUAGUAGCCCCACAACCUAGCUAAUAUAAUCUUUUUAGUAAGUGGGGAUGACAUAAGAAAUUUUGAGUGAGCGUAAUUAUAAGCUACAAACGACAGUAGAAUAACACAAACACACAAUAUUUCAACCACUUACAGAACAACAAAAAACAACACUAUCAUUACCAGCUUUUCGCAAGCAGAGAAAGUAGUAGUAACAUUUUUCGCUUUUAUAAAAAAUUUACAAAAAAAAAACUUGUACAGAAAAAGUGUAUAUGUAUUGUAUUGUAAUUUACUAUUAUUAUCUUUUUUUCUUGUAUCAAAAAACUAAAACAAAAAAUCUAGAAAGUUGACUUGACUGAUUGUGCGCAAAUGCAGGAAUGAUUAAUAAAAAAAAUAAGAAAAGCAGGUUAAAACAAUAUAAAAACAGAAAGGGACAUUAAAUACUAAACUUACAAAAACAAAUAUAAUUUUAUGUUUAACAGUUAAAUACAAAUUAAACCCAUAUAAGUGAGAUUCUCGAUUCAAUUAGAAUUUAAUUUAUUUAUAAUAAUUUUAUAUAUUUUUAUUUCCUAGUUUAUUUUUUAUGUAUAAAGUUUAAAUUAAAUUUUUAUAAUUUGUUUAGGUGUAUAUAAUUAUUUUUUUUUUUUUAAAUAAAGUUUUUUUUAUGUACCUACUUGAAGUUAUUUUUUAUUUUUAUUUUUUUUAUUUUUUAAUGGUUUGAAAAUACAGUGAUCGUUAAAUAAAGUAAAAAACUUUCCAAGAAGAAAUUACUUAAGAAAGCCAUAAAAAUACUAAAUUAUUGGUCGAAGACAUCAUUUGGUUUUUAAAAGAGUGUACACGGAGUACGAUUUGGGUGGAAUAAUAUUUCGAUUCCUCUGAGACUUAAAAUAUGCACAAUCUAAGGCAUUGAUGUAUACCAGCUAUUAAAGAACCUAUCACUAAACUGCUUAACGAUAGCUCAAACAUGUAAACUCAGAGGGUAAAUUCAGUAGGAAAUGUCAUACCAUCCAAUUGUUAAAAAUUAAACGAAAGAGCUGAGGUAGAAACUGAAAAAUAAUAAAAUUUCUUUAAUAUUUAUUCAGAGAAAGUUCUUAUAAUCUACAAGUUAAACGAUGUAUAAGUGCUUUGCACUGCAAGAGCAAGUACCUACGUGUAUUUUAUUUUAAUCGGAUUUGGUAUUGUGAGAGAAAAUGUUCUGGUGCCCACUUACAAAAAUCAAUCUCAAUACUUCUUCGGGCCCUAUCUUCAAACUCCUUUUAAGUGGUGCUAACAUUAAAUUAACAGAUAUUUGCGGGAAAAUAGCACGAGAAAGAUUGUUGGUUCACAAAAUGGCUGAAUAAUAAAAAGAUGGCUAAAAGCCAUCAACUUUGAGUUGUAAAUUUUGUUUUUUGCUUUAGUAGUAAAAAGAUGGGUAAAAGUGAACAGCUUUCAGUUGUAAAUUUAGUUUUUUGCUUUAUAACUUGUUAAAACAAACAAUUUAUUCAUUCUUUUGAAAAGUUCUAGUUUGUUUGUAGAAUUUUGUUUAGUAUUUAUGCGCCAUCGGAAGACGAACCUUAUCUGAAAGGUUGGUGUUUCUGAUCACACUUUUAUGUGUCAAAGAUAAAUAAAUGUAUGAGAAACUAUUUUUGAAAUAACCCAGCAAAUGCGAUUUACUCUUAAAAUCAAAAAUGAAAUCUUCUGAAAUGAUAUCUGGUAUUCUACAACUUAACUUUAUUUGCUUCAUUUAUUGCAUUAAAAUCAUCUGAUCUCCAGUAAAUGUACGAAAAAAACGCGUACGUUUCAUUCAAAGCAGUUAUUUUCAGCCUAUUUUCCACUUUUUAGUCAAGUUUCCAACAAAGUAGCCUUGCUAGACAUACUUUCAAUAACAUGCACUAAAAUAACAAACUGUCGACUGUCGGUAUUUAUACAUAUAUUGCUAACAAAACGAAAGAGUUGUCACACAAACUUCCAAUAAAAAAUGCAAUGCUUUUUUAUCAUAAUUGCUUUUCCUGGAACACCUAUCAGAACAUCAGAAGAUAUUGCAGCCGAGAAACGAUUGGAAAAACAAAUCCAGAAAAUGACGAGAGAGGAAAUGUCAUAUGAUGAGAAUAUGGAGUUUGUUGACUUUUAUUACAGAACCUUCAAAGUAGAAUAUUCAAAAUCCUACGACCUCUGGUGGUGGCUUGCAUGCAUGCAAUAACCGAUAACUGAGCUUUUAAUUAAUUUUUUCAACAGCGUGCAAGAAAGAAAAAAGCCUUUAAUUGCAAAUAAUAGGCUUUAAUUUUUCUCCGUGAGCAAUAAAAUCAUUUUAAUUCUAUAAAGCUCCAUGCACUUUAAAGAACACUUAAAUGAUACUUUUAUGGAAAAAUCACUUUGACUUUUUAAACCUUUGAUUUUAAUUUUUAAUGUUUUACUUUUUUAUGCUUAUUUUUAAAUACUCCAUCUUCCAGCAAUAAUACCAUGAACUCAAACAAACAUAGUACAUAAUCACUUAUAACAAAUAUGCUGUAAUAUACAAAAAAAAUACUUUUAUUCAACAACACCUACGUAAAAUUAAAAAAAAAUAAACCUAUUUAAUAUUUUCAAACAAUUACAAAUAAAUAAAAAAACAAUACAUAUUUUACCACAAACAAGACAAAAAAAUAUUUUA